CAGCAAGUGUUUAUGGAGCACCCGCUGUGUGCAGGAGACACUGUUCAGUAUGCUGGGCACACGGGAGGGACCAAGUACUGCCCUCCAAGACAACCAGCAAAACCUGUGAAUGCUCACAGCGAUGUGUGCAAAAUGCAGAGGGCGGAUAUCCCGCGGCUCACCCGGUGGCCUGGCCUCAGGAUUCCACGGAUCCAGGUCUGCUCCAGCAUUCCCCAUGAGACAGGGGACCGUGAGCCGGUAGGCGACACCGGACCUGCGGGAAGGCGGGCGGUGCAGAACAUGCCUCCGCCAGCCAGAGCUUCUGCUGCCGUCGGAGGCCACACCCACCCGUGUCCAUGGCCUGCACUGGCCCGUCGCUCUCCGGCGCCUUCGACCUUCUAGAUGCGGCAGGCCAGGACAAGCUCCUGUCUCUUCAGCGCAAGCUGAAGGCCCUGCGCCCAGGCUGUCGGGGAGCAGACCUCCUGCACGCCAUGGUGCUCCUGACACUGGGCCAGGAGGCGGCGGCCAGGGUCUCCCUGGAGGCCCUCAGGGCAGAUGCGGCAGCCCGGCUCGUGGCCCACCAGUGGGCCGGCAUGGACAGCAGUGCCGAGGCCCCGGAGGAGCCCCCAGACGUGUCCUGGGCCGUGGCCCAGGUGUACCACCUGCUCGCUGAGGAGCGGCUGUGCCCGGCCCCGAUGCGGGACGUGGCCUACCAGGCAGCCCUCCGGGCUUUCGGCUCCAGCGAUGACCCCCGGCUCGGGGAGCUCCAGGAGGAGGCCCGAAACCGGUGCGGGGGGCACAUCAUCGGGGACCCCGGGGAGUUCCGGCCCCUCCGCUCUGAUCUGGGCUGCCUCCCGCCAUCCUCGCCUUCGCCCUCUGGGACGCGCAGCCUGCCUCGGCCCAUCGAGGGCCCGUCGGGCUGGAGCAGAGGGCGCUCUCUGAGAUCCACCGGCAGCCUGGCCUCCCUGGCCAGCAGCUUGGAUAUUAGCCAGUCGCCCACCAUGGCUGUCCUCAGCCAGCCCCGCAGCCCCUGCAGGCCCAGCAAACUGGGUGACGAGCCCCCGGCCAGCCCGGCGUGCGGGCCUGUGCCCAUGGGGUGCCAGGAGCCCGAGGAGAUGAGCUGGCCCCCGUCGGAGAGGACAGCCAACAUCCCGGCGUCACCAAACAGCCCCGUCCUCCCGCUUCCUGAGGUGGCCCCAGACGCAAGCCCUGCUGGCCCGUCCGAGCCACGUGAGGCUCCAGACACCGGCACCCACUACCCAGUGGAGUGCACGGAAGUGUCGCCAGCCCCCCAGUCUCUCCCCGUGCCCUCCACAGACGCCUGCCCUGUCAAGGACCAGAAGCCACUACAACUUCCCACAGAAGACACGACCCCCCCGACGGCCCAGCCAUACGUAUCGGCUCCCUCGGCCACGAAGACGUCCCCUCCCGACCCUUCUGCAUCGACCCCUGGUCCCGCCCGCUUGGCCUCCCCAAACCUGCGUCCCCCUCCUCUCGAGUUAGAGUCGUCGGAGAAGAAAUUUUACAGCUUUGUGGUCUUGCACGCCAAGACGGAUGAGCACAUCGCCCUGCGCGUCCGAGAUAAGCUUGAGGCCCUGGGCGUGCCCGACGGGGCGACCUUCUGCGAGGACUUCGAGGUGCCCGGGCGCGGUGAGCUGAGCUGCCUGCAAGAUGCCAUAGACCACUCAGCCUUCACCAUCCUGCUGCUCACUGCCAACUUCGACUGUCGCCUGAGCCUGCACAAAGUGAGCCAUUCACUGAUGAAUAGCCUCAUGCAGCACGGGCGGCAAGACUGUGUGGUCCCUUUCCUGCCCCUGGAGAGUUCCCUGGCCCAGCUCAGCCCUGACACUAGCAGCCUGCUCGCCAGCCUGGUGUGGCUGGACGAGCACUCUCAGAUCUUCACCAGGAAGGUGGCCAGCACCUUCAAGCCCCAGAAGCUGCGGGCCUAUAAGGCCACCUGGAAGAAGGAACAGGAUGUCCGGGCCUUGCGGGAGCAGCGCCAGCACCUGGAGGUUGAACGGCAGCAGGCAGCCGCGUUGAACGCCGCGUACUCAGCCCACCUCCAGGCCUACCUAUCCUGGCAGGCGCAGAUGGAGAAGCUCCAGGCAGCUUUUGGGAACCACAUGACAUUUGGGAGUCAGCUGCCCCCUGGGGCUUCGGUGCCCCAUGGAAGCCAAGGGCCCUUGGGAGCACAGCUGCCUUUUCCUACCUGGCCUGGCCAUCAGCCGUCACCCCUGCCUCCAUGGCUGGCUGACAGCCCCCCACCGGCCUUCCCGCAGCCCCCGGCCUUCCCGCAGGCUUCACCUGUGACCCCUCAGAGCCCUGGGCUGCAGCCCCUCAUAAUCCACCACGCACAAAUGGUGCAGCUGGGGCUCAACAACCAUAUGUGGAACCAGAGAGGGACCCAGGCACCUGAGGACAAGACACAGGAUGCAGAAUGACCGAGUGACAGAGCCCGAUGACCCUGACCUCAGGCCCCCUUUGAAGACACCCCCCCUACCCCCCAUCUCCAGGGGGAGCAGUGGAACAUGGGUCACCUGCUGUUUUCAGGACAUUGCUGGGGCACCUUCACGACUUAGGAAAUUGUGUGAUAUGGGCCCCAUGACUUUCUGGCCCUCGAGAGGCCAGACUCUCUCCCUCCUCCCUCCCUCUCUGUCUCUGUCUCUGUCUCUCUGGAUGGUGGUGGUGGGGAAUGGGCUGGGGGAUAUUAGUACGCUGUUUUAAUUAUAAUAAAUAUUUAUUGAAUGCUUCUCUAA